UGAUCCCGAGAUAGGAAAUUUUGUUCUGGAAAUUUUAGAGAUAUUGAUCUGCUAAACAUAUGAAAAAUCAAUUAAUUCGAAGAUAGUUUGAAGGAUUUUAUUUUGUUUUAUUUUAUGCAAAAUUUCAUUGGCUAAAAGGAUUAGGUGAUAUACUAUUUGCUGAAAAAUCACGUAAUGUCAUUUUUUAAAGCUGAAAAUUACAAGUUAGUAGCUUUUAAAGCAAAUCUUGGCAGGUAAUUGUGGUAAUAUUUUCUACUCCGAGCUUCAAAGAGCGUCUACUUAAUACAUUAUGUAUUCAAUGGUGUUUACUUUGUAAUUUAACCGGAAAAAAACAGCGAAGCAAAAGUGAAAUUUUUGUUCACUCGUUAAAAAAAUAAAUUUCACGUCGCUUCUUUUUUAUUACUCUUUUCAUUCUAUCAAAUUGCAGUAGGAACAUAUAUUUUUACCCCUUUCGCAAAAAAAAGGAAAAAAAUUAGCUGAAAAUUUUAUUAUUGGUGCAGACCGUUUUUUAAUAUUUCUUGUUGCCGGCCUGAAUUGCAAUUGCAAAUGAAAAAAUUUCAAUCAGAUGUCAAAUUACUAACCAACAUUCAUUAGUUUUACCUGGCAAUGAAGUAAUUCUCAAUUAUUAUUUGAUUAUAAAUUACGACCCAUUUCCCUGUUUAUACUUUUUCUCGUCAUAAUUUCUCUUCUUAGAACUUCAAGCAACAACAACUUUGAUACAAAUUUAAUCUAUUCCGUCAUUUAUCACAACGUUUUUGGUCAAAUUUGUUAUACUUUUUCCUGGGAUAAAGUUUCCUAUUUUUAGAACACUAACUUUGAGUUUCGAAAUCGUAUUGCAACUUCGCCUUCAACGGGGAAACUUUCAACCCUCGAUAACCAUAGUUAACAAAGUGUGCGUUGACUUUUAAAUUAUCUUUUCGAAAUCAUAUCGUAAUUUAGAUAGUAUAAAAAAAUCGAUAAGCAAAAAUUUUCUUUCGUUUUAGCUUAUUAUAAUAAAAAACGGACUCUAAUUAUUGCUACAUCUUGAAUAGCAAUAAAGUCUUUUAAUGUUGUUUUUAUUUUUCUAUAAAAAUCGCUAUUUUUAUUUAAUUUAUCUUUCUGCCGUAUGAUUUAUUUUUGAGCACGUUUCCUCGAGUUGUGUGACAGAAGUUUAGAUAUGGACAACAGCGGCACCAAAGCAGACAGUCUGAAGCCAGACACUUUGCAACUACAUCACCUGACCGAAUCUAGUUCGCUCGUCGAUACUCCGACAAGUUCAGCUGAUCGUCGUUUGAUUAUGUCGUCGGAUUUUUCUGAGCGUCGAAAAAGUUUCGUCAAUUCGACAGAACCGGAAAAAGAGUCGCCAAUUCUAGAAAGUUCUAGAAACAAUUCAACCUGGAUCAACGCAAUAGUCAGUGGCGUGAUUGCUCUUUUUUAUACUGGGCUGAUAAUAGUUUCAGUUUUAGUUUGCUUAUAUUCAAUUAAAAGCUUGUACAUUACGAGUAAUAUUCCAGUAACUUCGACUACAAUUGAAGAGCAAGACGAAGACUUUGAACCACCAGUUCUUCUGCUGAUGUUUGCGACUGACCGAGUGGCUGAGAUGUGUCACUGUCAGUACAAUUUCUUCACUGCUGACCUCACCAACUCAUGCGAAAUGCACGUGCUCAGAUCAAACGCAGAGAGAUAUCUGAAGGUGAUAGACCCCGAAACCCACCAGUUGAUGAUAGGUCUAAUCCAGGAUGGAUUAUAUGACAUGAGCUUGUUUGUGGAGACAUCUUUCCUCUAUUUUCAGGGGCCAUCCAACUGGCACAAGUUGGAAGUGUUGAAAGUAGACUGCGACCUGGAGCAGAAUCUGAACGGGACUACAAACUUGACCUUCGAGAGCAAACCAAUCGUGGAGUACCUCUUCCUACCCUCCUGGAAAGAAUUCAUGUCUCUGCCAGAACAGGAGCGUGACCUUGCAGUGUAUAGGCACCUGAGGGAACACCCGGGAAUGCGGUUCUUCCCUUAUGGGUUCGAGAACUUCGCCCUAAUCAGCCGCACGGAGAUAUGGGGGGUGGAGAGCACAUCGCCCGCUGUCAGGCUACAAACUGAGAUCAGUCUGUCUCUGAUUGACCGUGAGGGCUUCAUAGGGGCCAAGAACUCCUCCCGAUUUGUGGUUGAAGUGCAAUGGAAGGACGGGUUAGUCACGCAAGUGAAGAGUGUCAUCACAGCCACCAAGUGGAGUUCAGUCAGUGUUGUCUGCACCAUGCUUCUCAUGCUAGAAAAAGCCUAUGGAUAUGGGACGCGUAUCUACGCUUCAAUCAAAAGCGAACGAGAGAAAAAGAAGAUCCAGAAACAGAUGCGACAACAGCGCGAACUAGCCGAAAACACCUAUUUAGCCGAAAAAUCAGCCAAUGGAAGCCCGCAAUCACCGAGGAUGAAGAAAGAUUUCACAGGGUUCAGCAGCAGUCCGUGUAAAAAUUACCUUAACGGAAACUUAAAACCAAAAAACUCUGACAAUAAUGACCAUCUUAAUGACGAAAUUCUAAUACUCUCUAAUGGUUAUGCUAGCAAAGACGGCGCGUAUGAUAAAUUGCCAACAUACGAUACAAAAAUCGACGAAACAGAUAAUAAAUUUGAUAACUUGCCGAGGAAUGGCUCUGUGAGGAAAAUGCAAAACGAAGGUGAUGGAAAAAAUGUUCGUAAUAGGAAGCCAAAAGCAGAAAUAACACCGUUGAAUUUAAGUCGGCUUAGACGAAAUAUGGUCGAGAUUUCGGCCAUUUUGACUGAUUCUGGGAUUUCGCUGGAAGACCACCAGAAUCUGAAGUUAUGAACUGAUAUAAAUUAUCUUUCCCAAUUAUCUUUCAUUGAAUCAUCAUAAUGUUUGUUCCAUCCAGAAUAAAUUGAGUCGUAUUAGCUGAAAAAUUUAAUUUUUGUAUUCUGAA